ACAAUCGUAGUAAUAGUACACGUCACGUCACUAUUUGUUAUUGUGAAUUGUCAAAAACUAUUUAUUUUUACAAAUAAUAGAAAAAAUGACAAUGCUUUCGCAAUACAAAAUAUUGAGUUUCGAAUAUUACGCAAAGUUAUUAUUGCGUUGCGCGUUUAAAUCAAACGGGAGUGUUAAAAAGUGCAUAUUAAAAUUGGUAUAAAUGUUUUCUAACCUAUACGUAAAUGUCAAAAUAUAUUUGUUUUGUUUGGUGUAUUUUGCGAUAUUUUUGUGAAUAUUAUGUGAGUGCAAUCAAUUUUAGUAGUUUCUUGUUAACUUGGAGUGCAGUGAAUGGAAAUAUAUUGUGCUUUUUCGCUAUUUCUGCAAAGGCGCGAGAAGGACGUUUCAGAAGUUGGACACGAAAGUACUAUUCCAUACUAAAUGAAAGAUUUCUUGAAUGCAAAAUUUGUCAAUGUUAUUUGAAAAGAUCAUCGGGUAAUACUAAAGGUAACAUAAAUCGCCAUAUAAAAUUAAAACAUCCUUACGUAUAUUUUAAUGAAGCUCAUUCGAAAACCAUUUGUCGAGAUGAUAAAGGUGGGAGGAAACCUAUUGCACAAGUAUUCUUAAGUACUAAUGAAUUAGCAAAGAACCAAUUAGAAGAAAAUGACAGUGCAUCUCUAGAACACGAACCGCAUGUCUCUAACAUCGACAGAUCUGAAGAUGAAGCACCAGAUGACGAGAAUACACCGGUUGUUAAACUUUCUGAAGCAGAAUUAAAGAUUGUUGAAGAAUUGAAUAAAAAGGCAAUGCGACGUAAAAGAACUAAAAAAAGUCCAUAUUACAGUUGGACACGAAAAUAUUAUAUCAGAAUCAAUGAAAAAUUCAUAAAAUGCAAAAUUUGUAGAAAAUCUUUCAAAACAAAUAUUGCCAGUACUGGCAAUGUACGUCGACAUAUUAGAGUCAAACAUAAGGAUAUUUACCUUAAAGAAACUCAAGCAUUACCAGAAGUAUCACAACCAUCUCAUAAUGAUAAAUCUGAUGCAAAAGAAUAUUUAGUAAUUUUAGGACGUGAUAAAACUAAAAAACGUCCAUAUUACAGUUGGACACGAAAAUAUUAUACCAGAAUCAAUGAAAAUUUUAUAAAAUGCAAAAUUUGUAGAAACAUUUUCAGAACAGAUAUUGCCAGUACUAGUAAUGUACGUCGACAUAUUAAAGCCAAACAUAAGAAUAUUUACCUUAAAGAAACUCAAGCAUUACCAGAAGUAUCACAACCAUCUCCUAAUGAUGUAUCUGACGCAAACGAAAUUAAUGAAGACGAAAAAGAAUCCCAUUCAAAAGAAUCGGUUACAAUUGAGUCAAGAGACAACGAGGUACAAGAUAAAAUGUUUGGCGUAGAAGAGGCUGAAUCAGAUAAUAUUUCAGAAGAAGUUGAAAAAAGACGUGCACAUUACAGUUGGACACGUAAAUAUUAUGUCAGAAUGAAUGACAAAUUCAUAAAAUGCAAAAUUUGUAGGAGAUCUUACAAAACAAAUGCUGCCAGUACUGGUAAUGUACGUAGACAUAUUAGAGUCAAACAUAAUGAUAUUUACCUUAAAGAAACUCAAUUACCAGAAGUAGCACGUAAUGACAAAUCUGACGCAAAUGAAAGUACUGAAGACGAAAAAGAAUCCGAUGUCGUUGAUGAACCAAUUAAAAUUACACGUCGUGAUGGAAAAAUUAAAAGCUGGACACGAAAGUACUAUCAAAAAAUCAAUGAUAGAUUGAUAAUGUGCUUAAUUUGCCAAAAAUUUUUGAGAAUGAAUAUACAUCGACAUAUUAAACAAAGACACCCUGCCAUUUAUCUCAAAGAAAAUCCGACGACUGUGGAAUCUACUGCAGUAUCAAAGCAGGACGAAGAUAUGAUAAGGAAUCUUUGUGAAAAAACCUCUGCGGGAACAAGGAUGAGUAAGUCCUGCAUUUGGAACUUUUUUGAAACUGUCGAACAUGAUCGGCUGUAUAAGUGCUGUUUUUGUACAAAAACAAUCGUCAUACUUCCAAAAAAAAUGCACAAUUUAAAGAGACACAUUUCGACAUGCCACGAGAAGGAGUACCAGUUGAUAUUGAAGUACUCUAACGGAGAUAGAGAUGUUGAACCGUCGAUUUCAGAUGACAGGGAAACAGCUAGUAUCAACCAAGUUCCAGCCGUAACGAGCGUCGAAAUAGCAUUCUUGAGUAUUGAUGGCACUGGCGGAAGAUAUAAAUGUUCGUGUUGUGAAGAGAUCAUCGAGAGUACAGCGGAAGAAGCGGAGGCUGUGCUCAUACAGCAUGUUCAGAUUUGCCAGUUGAAACCGCAAGAUGACACUGAUGCGGCUGUUCUUGAAAGCGUGGAUGCUCCUGAUUUAUUGGACUAAGACAUUGCGAUAGUUUGACAUAACUUACAGCAUGUUAAGACUUGCCAGAUAAAACCGAAAGGUGGAACUGAUGCAGCUAUUGAUAGUGUAUAAGUAAAUAUUGAUGGUUUGUGGAUGACUGAUGAUUUAUUGGAGUAAGAGCUUGCGUAGCCACAUUGACUUCGCAGCACGUUCAGGCUUGAAUGUUGAAACCGAGAGAUGCAACUGAUGCAGCUAUUGAUAGUGUAUACGUACCGAAUGAUGGUUUGUGGAUGACUGAUGAUUUAUUGGAGUAAGAGCUUUCGUAAGCCGGACAUUCUUCACAUCACGUUCAGAUAUGUCUCAAUAAAACCGAAAGAUAGUAGCUUUUCAUAUAAGAAUAUAUUAAAAUACAUCCAUUACAACAAUGAAGGGAACUUUUUAUUUUACAGUUCUUAUACAAAACUAUAAAUCCAAGAUUGAUUGUGCUCACUUAUUAUCUAUGAUUACAUUUUUAGGAUUCCCUUUAGUUAUCCACGAAAAUCAAUCACUCAUUUACAUUCUCCGUUGCGUAGAACUUACCUUGGUGCAAAUUCUCCUAUUCCUAGAUUACCUUCAAUAAUAUCAGUAAUAUAGUAUAUAUUUACUUAAAAUCUAUUUGUAUAUAGUUUUCGGAAAGAAAGUAUCUCCAUUUAGAGCUCUUGCGAUUAAAUUUGCUUAUCUUACUUUAUUUUCUUUCUCUCUUUUUAAGUUAAUAUCUAUGUUUUUUAUUUGUGUUAUUAAAGUUAUCUAUUUUAUGUUUCUUAUUCCAUGGUGUGUUUAUUUGUAUAUAAUUACACUUAAAUUGAUUUAUAAUUUAAUUAAAUAUUGUUUUAGCUAUUGUAAGUAAUUGUAACCUAAUAAAUAAAUAAAAAUAUAUGAAGGCUGUAAGUUUGCUAUCCUAUACGUAAGAACGAUAGCCAAUGAGUUUGGAUUGUGCUCAAAGAUAUUUUAUAUUAGUAUACAAUAUCGUUGACUGUGCUGGCUUUAGAAACAACUGUCAAACCCUCUAAGUACUUACCUACAAAGCGUAUUUAUUAAUUAUUUUCUAUGUCUGGCUAUUGCAAGUAGUCGUUCUAAUGCGCAUGUAGACAUUCUCACAAAACUCCACGCUUGAAAAGAAUACCUAAUAUACCUACCUAUACCUACGAGUAAGUAGCAGAACUUCGCGGUUUCACCCGUGUAGUCCAUUCCGGUGGAAAUACGAGGGUAAAAUGUCAUUCUCUGAUUUUGUUUCCCUGAGCGUUCUAUUGGUGAAAUAAUUUUAGCAAUUAGUUUAGUAAUUUUUGAACUUAUUCAUUAAAUAAUAUUGAUGUAGAUUGUAUAAUAUUAUAGCAAAUAUGUUUGAUUUAUUACUUAAUAUUAUUGUUUAAGUUUUGUGUGUAUGUUACUUUAAAAAUAAAUUGAUACAAUUAUAUGUUGAAA